AAAAUCAUAUUAAGUGGCAACAUUGUCGUAUUGUCAUUUUAUGGAUUGCGCGAAAUGUGUUGAGUAGCCGCAAUUAUUCGAUUUAUACAAUUUUGUGAGAUUUAACAAAUUUUUAAUAUUUCUGCUAUUGUUUGUGCUUGAAUAAAUAAUUAAAAAUGGCGCAACAAUGUCCUGGCUCAGUGGAUGUGACCGAUAUACAAUUUAAGUUACAAAGUAAACAUAAAAUUUUUGGUGGAAAUACAAAAUUACGUGAUCACGUUAACUUAUUGGCAUGUGCUAGCAAUCAUGGUCUACUAUUUGUCGGCAAUCCAAAUGCACCUGAAUUAAAGGCAUUUAUUCUGCCCGAUAUUAUAUAUGCCAAGUCAAAAGCGCAGCCUGUGCACUUAAGGACCACAAAACUACCAAAUGCCGCCAAUUCAAUUGCAUGCAAUGCCGAUGGAUCUAUGUUGGCGGUGAAUUAUACACUGCAAGGUUAUGGCGUUUUGGAUAUUUAUCAUGUGCCAUCAUUUGCGACUACUGAUGUAAAGAUAUUAUAUAGCAUACGUUUGCCCGAUCAAAAUGUAUAUGCUCUACAUAUUUUAUGGAACCCUGUAUUAUCGAAUAUAAUAGGUGUUAUACUUAGCAAUGGUAAUUUUGCAUUGUAUACACUUAAAGAUGGUGAAGCAAUGGAAAUGCGUUCAUUGCAAAAUCAGCAAGUACAAUCUGGUUGUUGGUCGCCAAAAGGUAAACAACUAGUUUUCGGACAUCCAAAUGGAAAAUUGCAACAGUUUAAACCAGAUCUUACACUUGCUAAAAGUAUAAUUUGUCCACCCAAUAUACAUCCCGGACCAUUCGAUACCAUAGCGUUACAUUGGUUGUCCACAUUUCAGUUUGUUGCUAGUUUUUUGCAACAUGGCGAGGAGUCUAUGCCUAAUAUGUAUAUCAUAAAUGCACCGAAAGGUGGCACACCUACGUAUAUAAAUUACAAUGAUGUAUGCUAUAGCGGUUCGGAACCAAGAAAACAACAAGUUACAUUCAUGCAUAUUGCACAAUGGAAUCUAUUGCUAGUUACAUCUGCAAAUGGUGUUGAAAUCGGACUAUUGGGCACCAAAGAAACUAAUGAUCAACCACAAUGGGUACAUUAUAUGUUGUUAGAUGAGGCGCGCAUUGAAAUGCCACUCACUGAAGCUAGCGAUGAAACAUAUCCCAUUGGCUUGGCGCUGGAUAUUUCACCAACACAUGAGUUAAUAGUGGGCGAAAAAAAGUUGCCUUCCAUGCCAGUCAUUCAUGUACUUUCAACACAUGGACAUUUGCUUUGUUUUAACUUUUUGAAUUUGUCCCCAAAUGUCGUUAAUAUUUGCUCGCCACCAGCACCAAUUCAAUAUGCAUUGGAUAAAUUUAGUGUUUUGAAUGAAAGCAGUUUAGUGGAUUCAGAUGCGCCACAGAAGGUUGAGCAAGAAAAGUUGACUUUACCAACAAUUGAAGCCCCUCCACCACCAGCGCCUACAUUAACAUUCAAUGCACAACCACAAAUGAAUGUUGCUAAACAAACUAUAUCGGCCUUUGGUGUGCCAGCAAAUACGAAUUUAUUCUCCGGUAGUUUUGAACAAAAGCCACAAAAUCAAAAUUUAAAGUUUGGAAUGCCAACGGGUAAUGUGGAUGCAGUGCCUAAUAUGCUGGCCAAACCCAUAGCACAAGCUGCGCCCUUGCCAGCUACGCAGCACACAUUAAAACCUGCACAGCCUGCGGAAGUUUUUAAGCCUCUGUAUACUGUUUCGCCCGAAUUCGCUCCACCACCAGUGCAAAACACGCAACAAACCCCACAGUCACAAUAUGAGGCAAAGGGCAAAUCAAAAACAAACACACUAAAUCUUAAUGAAACGAAUACGGUGAUACAACAAAUGAUUUUGAUGCAAAUUACAGCUUUCGAUAAAGAAAUUAAGCAAUUAGGACAAAAGUCAAAAUUAGCACUUAACGAAGAUCCAAGUAUCAUGAAAGGUUAUAGCAAACGCUUAAUUAACUUACAAGAAAUUAUUGAGCAAGCAAAUGAGCGUGAUUUUAUUAAGGAUGUACAAGAUCUACGACAUUCACUGACCGAAUCCUAUGAAAUGUUAAAUGAAUGUCGUUCUAAAAUGGAAACUUUUAAAAAUCCGGAUGAACCUGGUGCCAAGUAUUUAUCACUAUAUGAUUGUAUUAGUCAACGCCAAUUGAAGAGCCUGCAAAGCUAUCUACUCAUUAAUCAAAGCAUAAUGAAGCGUUUAGAGGAACAAAUGGACAUACAAUGGUCGUAUUAUCAAGAUUUGGUACGACGCAAUUCGAAAUCGCAAAUGCGUAUACCAUGCCUUGAUGGCAUAUAUCAACAAAUGACCAAAUUGAAAAAUCUUAUUACACAACAGCAGACGAAAUUCCAUUAUAUUAAAAAUGUUAUGAAGCAAAGAGAUUUGGGUAGUAGCAGUAGUAGAGCAGGCAGUGAUUGCCGCAAGGAAGCCACACAAUUGAUAAAUUCCGAUACGGGCCUUGUGUCAUUAGCCGAUUCUAUACUCUCCAUGACAAUACACAACAUUACAGAUACGAAAACCAAUAAAUUAUCUGAGAGUAAAUUGAAUGCUUUGCGAAAUUUUACGAAUCAACAAGCGAAGAUAAAAAUAAUUAAACCGCAGCGGCCAAAUCGCGUUGAGCUGACAUCAGAGGUUAUACUGGAGACCAAGCAACUUAUCAAAAAGAAGGAAACUAAAGACAAAGAAAGCAAAGCCACAAAAGCUGCUGAAAAGGCGCAUGUUGCGGCAAGAAAAGAACCGCAACAACAACAACAACAAUCAUUUAAGCCAAUGCAAGCGCCAACUAAACAAAAUUUGGAACUACAAGUGCCAAAGCCACAACAGCAACCGGAACAACAAACAUUACAGUUGUCCAAACCAACAGCACCAACAGCCGGAUAUUUCAGUAACACACAGAGCGCAACGCCAACCUUUGCAGCUGCACAACCUAAGCCGCAAACCAGCAAACCAUUCGCGGCGCCCAACUUCGGCGGUGGGGGCAACAAUUUUUUGCCGAAAACCGAACCUACACAACUCGAAAGCGCAAAUGAGCUGUCUAAAUUAUUGCAAAAUGCGAAUACAUUCAAAAGCGGCGUUGUUGAUAACAAACCAAACACAAUAACUGCACCGAAAACCGAUAAUGUUGAUAAACCACCUGCAGCACCAGCACCUGCUAUGAACUUCUCAUUUGCCACAAAAACUGAUGCGUCUGAUGUUGGCAAGUCGGAGCUAAAUUUCAGUGCCACUUCGAAAGGAUUCGCCGGUUUUGGUCAACAACAACAACAACAAAACAAUUUAUUCAACACAAAUAAGGCCACAGUUAAUGCAAAUACAAAUCAAGCGACCGAUGCACCAAAAGCAUUCAGUUUUGGUAGCACAUUUAGUGCUCUAACUGAUUUGAAUAAUGCCAACAAACCGAGUGCGCAGCAAAAUCCACCAGCUAAUACAAAUCCAACACCAACAACACAAUCACUAUUUGGCACGACAACAAUGCAACCAACAAUUUUCAGUAAACAAAAUGAGAACCAAUAUUUUGCAGCACAAACAGCGCCCUUCUCCGGUGCUAGCGCACUUGGCAAGGAAAAAACUAACACUGCUGAUGCACAGACAAAGCAUGCAACUGCAACAAAGGACGCAGCAAGUGCUGUCGGAGCCGUGAGUGCCGCGCAAACUAAGAGCGAGGCAGAUGACGCGUAUUUAAAAUCAUUGAAUAUCUGUAAACCAACACCAAAAGAAGCUGUUAAACCCAAAGAUGGCAAUGUGUUCUCCUUCAGCUUAAACACCGAGAAUAAUCCACCUGUCGGUUUUGGCGUUAUGCCGGCGGAAACGUCGAUUUCCAAAGCGAAUACAAUUGCAACAAACAUAGCCGCAACAGCUACACCAACGCCGGUUUUUGGCAAGCUUACAACAACAACAACAACGGAACAGUCAUCCUCGCCAUUCAAUGUCGCUAAUACAAAUGUGUCGGCAUUUGGUAGUACUUUAGGCGCCACCACACCAGCAACACUAUCUACAUCGGCAGCGCCUAGUACUAUUGGUGGCGCUGGUGCCUCUGCCUUUUCAUUUACGAACUCAACGUUCUUUAAACAGCCUACUACAGCUUUCCAAAGUCAAGCACCUGCAAGCACUACCACAACUACAGUUAGCGGUACGCCAUCCGCGGGAAAUGUAGCUGCGCCCACUGCGGUAAAACCCGCGCCCGUUUCCACAGAAGUAGCUGCUUUUACACCAACAACAACAACUACAGUCGCAGCCACUUCAUUAGCGCCCACUGCUGCAAUAACAGUUGCUGCCGCAAUUACAAUACUAACACCAACUCCAUCACCGACAAUAGUUGCACCCACAGCUGUCGCGGCGGCACCGGUCAGCGGCGCAGCUAGUCCAUUAUUUUCAACGAUUUCAGCGGCUAAAGCGCCUGGCGAAUCACUGUUUGGCAAUUUAGGGCAGCCCACACAAGCUGCCAGCCCCGUGAGCGCUGCAGCAAAAACUGAAAAUGCUUCGCAACCGGCAUCGGCCACAAAUGUUUCGGCAUUUGGUGGCUUAUCUUUGGGUGGUCAAGCACCAGCUGCCAGUGGUGGUAGUAUCUUUGGCAACUCUGCUGGUGCUGGAUUUGGUGCUGCAACGGGUGGCAUAUUUGCCGCAGCCGCUGCUGCCAGCAUGCCAACAAGUCCAGCAGCUGGCGGCAAUACAUCCACUGGUUCCAUAUUUGGUAACACUGCCGUUAAGAAUCCUGGCAACACUGCUGGUUCGAUAUUCGGAAAUGCCGUUGCGAAACCGGCUGAAACUACUGGUUCUAUAUUUGGUAAUGCGGCAGUGAAAAGCGUUGAUAAUAACACGGGUGGUUCGAUAUUUGGUGGUACUUCAGCUAAGAACACUGACACUGUCAAUGUUUUCGGUUCGCCAACAUCAACCAAUGCGGCCGUGAGUAGUGGUUCGAUUUUCGGUCAGUCGACUGGUGGUAUUUUUGCAUCCGCUGCCGCCGCUGCCAACAAACCGGAUUCCACAACCACACCAUCUGGUUUCAGUUUUGUUGGUUCGGCUUUUGGUGCGGCGCCUAAUAAUACCGCCCCGGCUGGUGGCUCUAUAUUUGGUGGUGCACCGGCUGCAACCGAUCCACAACAACAGCAGCAGCAAGCAAAUAUUUUCAGUUCACCGACCAGUGGUUUUGGUGCAGCUGCAAAUUCACCAUUCAGUUCAUUCUCACAAGGUGGCUCUUCAAUAGCAAGCACCGGUUUUGGUUCACCUACGCAGCCGCAACAGCAACAACAACAAGGGAGUGUAUUUUCACGACCAGUUUUCGGAGGUGCGCCAGCAUUCGGUAGUCCACCAGCAUUCGGUGCGCAACCUAGUUUUGGUGGUGCACCAACAUUUGGUAGUCCCAAAGGCUUCGGCUCGUUUGCCACACCGACAACCACCGCCUUCAGCGCCGCGCCGCCCACGCAGAGCAGCAACAUUUUUGAAGCUUUGGGCUCGACAGAUACAGGUUUGUCUUUUGGUAAUCUCGCACAGACGAGUGCACCAAAUGCACCUAAGCCCACAUUCGGCGGUUCCUCAUUCAUGAAUUAUCGUGCAUAAAUGUGUGACAAUGACUGCUUGGUAGCGUGCUGGGGCAAGACAGGUUACAAUUUCAAAUGUUUCUAUUUAAAUCACUGAAAUUAUACAAUGAAAAAAAAAAAAUAUAUAUAAAAAUACUACACGAAAAUGCGAUAAAAA